CCCGCACCUUUCUUUCCUCUCCCUUCCUCCCGAGUCUUCACCUACCAACGCGGCUCUAAAUCCCUACUAUGGUCUAGCACGAUGCCCCACAGCUGCCGCCGUGCCGUACCUUAGCGCCACCGCCGACGCCGAAAUCUCCGUUCCCGGUCUUCCUCGCCGGGACAUCGCGUUCCUGCUGUCUCCGCCCCGUCCGCAGUCUUUUGGCUAUUGGGUUUUGAGAUUUGGUUGUAGUUACUUCCGGAAUUCAAGAAGAAGGAAAUAUGAGCUACUGCCAAGCUACAGUAUACAAGCCUCAUGGUGGGCUCACUUUGGACAGCCCAUUAGGUCUUGGGAGAACGUGCAAAUUACUUCCUCUACAUUCUGCAUGUCAACGUUCUUCUAGAUCUUGCAAGCUGCAAGAGAAAGUAUAUCCAAGGUUUCUUGUUGCUGCUUGCCAUAAAAGGCUUGGUCCUGUAUAUGCCUCAAGUGGGAAGGAAAAUCUUGGUUCUGCCAAUGAUCAAUUCUCUAUGGAAUCUUUGAACAAAGCAAUGGAUGGAGCAAAAAAGCAAUGGUCCAUACAAGGUUUGUUGAUGGAGCAACUGUCUAAGAUUACCGGACAAGGAUCUGGUGGAAAUGGUGGAAAUAAGAACCGUUAUGGAGGCAGCGGUGGUGGUUCUGAUGGGCCAGAUGAUGAAUCUUUUACGGAUUCACUGUAUGAAAUGGUCCAAGUUUUAUUAGCAACCGUCGCUUUUGUACUCACGUAUGUCCAUAUAAUCAGGGGAGAGGAGUUGUACCGCCUUGCUAGAGACUACACCAAAUAUCUUGCUACUGGUAAGAGAACAUCCCGGCUGAAGCGUGCCAUGCUUAACUGGCGUGAAUUCUCAGAUGGCAUCACGAAGAAGGAUAGCACACAAGAUGAUGUGUAUGGAAGCCCAGUUGGUUCUGAACCUGUGUGGUGGCAGCAGCCCCAGAAGCUGGUUCAUAAUCUUGGGAACCUUUUCAAAAGCAACAUGCGUCCACAAGCACAGGAAUCUUGAGCCUGGCGUGCCCUGUUUGUGUUCGGAUUUUCAUCACAGAAACUUCUCGUUUUGAUCACGUAUAGGCCACUGCUAAGUACAUCGACGCAACUAGGCGGUCAGCUGUUGUUUCUGCUGGAUGGUGAUUCUCGCUUAGUGUAGUGAAAUUCAUGUGCUGUCUAUGGUUUGUAUUGACUACAGAAUAGGAGAGAGAGGAGUUGUUGUGGUCAGUUUUGUAUGUCAUGUAACACGGCUGCUAUGAUCGCCUGGUCGUCAGUGGUUUGUAGGUGGCAACUUGAAUGCUGAAUCUGAUGGAUCAAAACUACCAAGGUCCAAGUAGUAGUAAAUCAUGUAUAUUUUGUUUUCAAAUUAAGCACUGCGAGCUAGUAUCCAAUUUUUUUUGAA